AUGUUCAAACGCAGUGGGCGUGGUCACGAACCGGGCGGAAUUGCGGCCACUCCGCUAGGCGCAUGCGCGGUUCGCUGCCCUGCAUGUCCGGAUCUGGACAUGAAUGUGCCGUUCGGCUGGGCCACGAAGCCGUUUCAGUGGCUCUAUAGAGUCAUACUUUCCUUAGACGCCAACUUUCGCCUCAACAAUAAGCUAACCCGGUCCAAAGUCCACGACGAACAUCACGACCCUAACCUCAGCGAAGGUUGCGCUUACAUGCCCCCCAGAAAGGAGUACAACGACUACCUCGACAUGAUGGAAAAGAAGGCCGGCAUAAUCGAGGAACCCAGUGAUUGCUCUCAGUUCGGAGCAUUAGCCUUGGCUAACACGAAGGGAGGGAAGGGGAUGCGAUCGACUGGAGUUGCGGGAUGCUUCUGUGCACGCCAUGAGUUCGUGCAGCCUCUUGGUCUGGCCGUGCUCAGAAAGGGUGAACGUUACAUGACUAUGGAUUGGGUCUUCUGCGGAGCGCUAUCGUUUUUGCGCUGCGUGGAGAUCACUGUCUCCUACGACAUCGCCUGUCAAUGGAGCAAACGGCUUCAUGAGAGACUUCGCGAUAUGGCGCCUGGUUGUAAAGUAUCGCCAGGCGUCACGGAGUUCUUCAAGCACCACGUCAAUGGGACGAUCACUUACGUCGUCCCGAAGUUUCACCUUUACGCUCACAAACUUUUUUGUCAGCUGCGGUAUGCCUUCGGCUGGCUGUUUGGCACUGGCUUGACGGACGGAGAAGCGUGCGAGCGCGCAUGGUCCGGUGCAAAUCCCGCAGCAUCGAGUCUACGUGAGAUGGGGUCGGGAGGCAUGAGCGACACGAUGGAUGACAUGUGCUCCGCUUGGAACUGGAGGAAGCUAUGUGGAAUAGCCGAUCUCCUUUGUGAUCGCAUGGAACGCUGUUUGCGCGAUGCUCUCGUGCAGACCCGUAUCUUUACCGAAUUCACUGAGGCCAUCGAGGCGGAGGAGCCCAAGAGAGUCCAUGAAGCACGGGUCGCCUUGCGGACUUGGGAUCAAGAUCCGGUGAAGAAAAUGGGAACGGCAUGCCCAUACUACAUCGAAGAUACAGCACUGUCAGCACUGGAAAUCGAGCUGCAAACGGCGCAGGUCCAAAGUUUGGCUUCAGACCCAUCUCUACGGCUGGACGCACAAGAAGGCGCUGCAUUGGUGGAUCAUAUCCGACGAGGACUGAAGAUAGAAGACGAUAGAUCGCGCUUCUCCUCCAGGUAUCCUACCAGCGAUGGUACGACUGCGCAGGUCACGGCCAGAACAUAUGCAAUGAAGCAACACGUGCACGAGAUCUUGAGAUUUCGGGAUGAGCAAAAAGACUUAACGCCCAGGGUCUAUGCUUUGCUUACCCCGAAUGAGCGCGAUCCAGAGCCCCAUGAGGCUCUCACAGUGCCGCUCUACCUUCCCUCGAGUCCCCCCGACAACGACAACCCUUCAGGUUCAGACGCUGCGCGUGCGAUAGAGGCGAACUUACGACGGAUAUCCAUGCUCCUAGAGCUGGAACGACUGCGACAUCAUUUGCGCCUCAAAGGUUGUCUGAACCGUGUUAAGAUCGCCAAUGUGACCGGACAGCACAAUAAUACUCGUGCCCGCGAAGCACAGGAUUCCUUGCAAGCGGAAAUCAACGUUGCGGCGGAUUCGUAUAGGAGGCAUCGAAGGGCUUACUUCGCUUUACUCGGGAAGGGCGAUUGGGAAAAGUCGUUACGGAAGUUGAAAACCAAGGACUGUCGCGGAUUGGGGGAUCGUCUCAUCGAGCAGAUCGAGAAUAUGUCCUUGAAGAGUGCCCGGGAGUUCUUGGCAGGGAGGCGUGAAGCCGAUAGCUCCGGAGAGACUCGGUACGAAUUGUCCUGGAUAUGGUUCAAUCGCUCAGAAGAACUGGGUAUGAAGAUCACGGACGAGCUCAUGGUGGAAUGGUGCAAGAGCCGCGCUCGUGCACAGCAUUACGUGCAGGAGAUUUGCCUUCUCGAUGAGGAGAUGCGGCGUGUCACACAGCACAGCGAGAGCAUGGCAAAGAUCUGGGAGAUCAGAAGCAACCCGGAGGAGAGGAUGGAUUUCGGCGACGCACAUGCGUACGCGGUUGACAAAGGCUGGGAGGAUGGCGCGCGAGCGUACGCACUGAAACAGAGUCUGCUUCGUCGUUCGCAGGCCGCAAAGUGGCGAGCGCAGUUCUCUGAGCUGAGAGCAUCUGCUGGGCGCUUUCUCGCACUACACACCGACGAGGGCCUGUCAUUGGAAUCUCCAGAGGCUUAG